AUGCUACUGCCGCCGCCGGAGGUUGCCCGCCGCGCCCUUUGCUCUGCCCGCCCCUGCUCCGCUCGCGCCGACAGCAUCGAGGAAGAGGAGGCCGGAGCUCCACCGCCGCCGCCAGGGUUGCUCCUCCUCUGGACGGGCAGCGGAGACCCGCACAGCCACUCCACCCGCGAGGAAGAUAAGGAGGAGGGAUGGUGCCCCGCCGGCCCAAUUCUCCGCGAGAUCUUGCCGCCGCGCCCCUGCUCAGCGCCUUCGCCCAGAUCCACGCCGAGGCCCGCCCGUGCUGCGGCCGGAGGGAGCCUGCCGCUGUGGGUGGGCCCCCCUCUCCGCGGCGAGGCGCGCCGCCAUGGGCGGGGCCCCGUCUCUGCCAGGAGGACCGUCGCCACGGGCGUGGCCCCUGCUCCGCCGGGAGGCCCGUCGUCAUGGGUGGGGCCCUCGCUCCGCCGCAAGCCGCGCCGCCAUGGGGGAUGGAUGCAGCAGCCACAAAAGGGGACUCCGCCUGGCGCGCGCCCCGCAGCCUCUCUCCGCCCACCAUGCGCGAGGGGCACCGGCGGGGAGGACGCGGACCAUCCCUGA